GAUGAAUUUUAUGAAAGGCAUUGAGAAAAUGUGGCGGGUUAUAUAAGAAAAAGAAGGAAAAAAAUACUCUGUAAUGCAUUGGUGUCAAAAUUAAGGCCAGGGGCCCAGAUCUGGGCCGGCAAAUAUUUUUGGAGGCCCUGAAAACAAGUAUUGAGUCUAGUAUGUACGCACCGGGCUAAAUGCGGCGCUGAACCGCCACACCUGCAGCCAAACAAAAAUCUCAACAUUGGACUCGAUUGGCUGCAUUUCUCACGCAUGUCAGGACUCUGAACUGUCUUUCGGUGGGAAUGUGAAAGGGGGAAGUGGGUCUGUAGCAAAGGCAGGCUUUGCAUUUGAUACCCGGAGACUUAACAUCAUUUUGCAGCGGGGCUCGUCGUGCUGAGAACUAAAGCGGACUUCAUAACCGCACAUUGCGGUUCAGACUGUAAUGGAAAGGUUCAGCGGUUUUGGAAAUGUGCUCUUUUUUAAACUGUCAAACUGGCCUGUGCUUGCUUGCCGUUAAUUGUUUUUUGCGUGGAGUUAAACUGACUUUGUAUUUAACUUGCCAUGAUACUCUCUCGUGAUCCCUCUGCAGCUCCACCAUUCCUCUGGACUAGAGAAUACUGGUCCAUGUUUGCCUCCAGGGUCCAAGACACCAAAGACAACUGGCACAGGCUGCAGCUGUCUCGGAAGCCCGCUACGUGCCACGGCAUUUCUUCGGGCGGCCUGCUGAACCGGUCCGACCGAGACUCUUCAGAGAGUCGGACCCCGGGCCGAGGCUGGACCUCGAAGGCCUCCAGGUGGCAGUUGCGGACCACCUUGGCCCCCCUGGGGCAGUGGGGUGGGCGUACACGCGGCACAGGCGUGGCAUCCCCACGCGGCUGGGAUAAAGGCGGGCGUGUCCACAGCUGCUAUGCGCUUACCCUCGGCACUCCCCCGCUAAAAGAUGGCUGCCCUCGCGCUGCUCCUGCUCCCCGCCUUGCUCUCCGGCCUCCCCGCACCCGGCCUCUCCGCCGGCAUCCACGAGCGGGCCGCCGUGCCCCGCGCCGCCUCCCGCUCGGUGGCCCGCAUGGACGGCGACGUCAUCAUCGGCGCCCUCUUCUCCGUGCACCACCAGCCGUCGGCGGAGAAGGUGGCCGAGCGCAAAUGCGGCGACGUCCGCGAGCAGUACGGCAUCCAGCGCGUGGAGGCCAUGUUCUACACCCUGGACCGCAUCAACGCGGACCGCCACCUGCUGCCCAACAUCAGUCUGGGCUGCGAGAUCCGGGACUCGUGCUGGCACUCCUCCGUGGCUCUGGAGCAGAGCAUCGAGUUUAUCCGCGACUCGCUCAUCUCCAUCCGGGACGACAAGGACGGAUCGAAGUGGUGCGUGGACAGCCAGUCCCACUCCAACCAGCCGCCGCCCACCAAGAGACCCAUCGCCGGCGUGAUCGGGCCGGGAUCCAGCUCGGUGGCCAUCCAGGUGCAGAACCUGCUGCAGCUCUUCAACAUCCCGCAGAUCGCCUACUCGGCGACCAGCAUCGACCUGAGCGACAAGACGCUGUUCAAGUACUUUCUGAGGGUGGUGCCGUCCGACACCCUCCAAGCCCGAGCCAUGCUGGACAUCGUCCAGCACUACAACUGGACCUACGUGUCCGCCGUGCACACCGAAGGGAACUACGGCGAGAGCGGCAUGGAGGCCUUCAAGGAGUUGGCCUCCCAGGAGGGCCUGUGCAUCGCCCACUCGGACAAGAUCUACAGCAACGCCGGCGAGAAGCAGUUCGACCGCCUCCUGAGGAAGCUGCGCGAGCGGCUGCCCAAAGCCCGCGUGGUGGUGUGCUUCUGCGAGGGCAUGACCGUGCGCGGCCUCCUCAUGGCCAUGCGGCGCUUGGGCGUAUACGACGAGUUCCUCCUGGUCGGCAGCGACGGCUGGGCCGACCGUGACGAGGUGGUGGAGGGCUACGAGCAGGAAGCCAAGGGAGGCAUCACCAUGAAGCUGCAGUCGGCGGUGGUCAAGACCUUCGACGACUACUACCUGAAGCUGCGACUGGACACCAACACCAGGAACCCCUGGUUCCCGGAGUUCUGGCAGUACCGCUUCCAGUGCCGUCUGCCCGGCCAUCCUCAGGAGAACAAGAACUACAAGAAAGUCUGCUCUGGAAAUGAGAGCCUGCACGAAAACUACGUCCAGGACAGCAAAAUGGGCUUCGUCAUCAACGCCAUCUAUGCUAUGGCGCACGGCCUCCACGACAUGCACAGGGAGCUGUGCCCGGGCCAGACGGGGCUGUGCGAGGCCAUGGACCCCAUCGACGGCAGCAAGCUUCUCGACUACCUUCUCAAGACGUCCUUCAGGGGCGUCUCCGGGGAGGACAUCUACUUCGACCAAAACGGAGACACCCCUGGAAGGUACGACAUUAUGAACCUGCAGAACGUGGAGGACGGCCGCUACGACUACAUAAACGUGGGCUCCUGGCACGAGGGCGUGCUGAGCAUCGACGACGACAAGCUGUGGAUGAACAGCAGCGACAUGGUGCGCUCGGUGUGCAGCGACCCCUGCUCCAAAGGACAGAUCAAGGUGAUCAGGAAGGGCGAGGUGAGCUGCUGCUGGAUCUGCACCACGUGCAAGGAAAACGAGAUCGUCCUGGAUGAGUUCACCUGCAAGGCUUGCGAACUGGGUUGGUGGCCCGCUGACGACUUGGCAGACUGCCAGCCGCUGCCCCUGAAGUAUCUGGACUGGGCCGACGUGGAAUCCAUGGUGGCGGUGGCGUUCUCCUGCGUGGGCAUCCUCAUCACCUCCUUCGUCACCUUUGUCUUCAUCCAGUACCGCGACACUCCCGUCGUCAAAUCGUCCAGUCGAGAGCUGUGCUACAUCAUCCUGGCGGGCAUUUUCCUGGGCUACAUCUGCCCGUUCACCCUGAUCGCCCGGCCCACCGUGGCGUCCUGCUACCUGCAGCGCCUCUUGGUGGGCCUGUCGUCGGCCAUGUGCUAUUCCGCGCUGGUGACCAAGACCAACCGCAUCGCUCGCAUCCUGGCGGGCAGCAAGAAGAAGAUCUGCACCAGAAAGCCGCGCUUCAUGAGCGCCUGGGCGCAGGUGAUCAUCGCCUUCAUGCUGAUCAGCGUCCAGCUCACCCUGGAGGUGACCCUCAUCAUCCUGGAGCCGCCCGAGCCGGUCAAGUCCUACCCCAGCAUCCGCGAGGUCUACCUCAUCUGCAACACCAGCAACCUGGGCAUGGUGGCGCCGCUGGGCUACAACGGCCUGCUCAUCAUGAGCUGCACUUACUACGCCUUCAAGACGCGCAACGUCCCCGCCAAUUUCAACGAGGCCAAAUACAUCGCCUUCACCAUGUACACCACCUGCAUCAUCUGGCUGGCUUUCGUGCCCAUCUACUUCGGCUCCAACUACAAAAUCAUCACCACCUCCUUCUCCGUCAGCCUGAGCGUCACCGUGGCGCUGGGCUGCAUGUUCACGCCCAAGAUGUACAUCAUCAUCGCCAAGCCCGAGAGGAACGUCCGGAGCGCCUUCACCACCUCCGACGUGGUGCGGAUGCACGUGGGCGACGGCAAGUCGGCCGCCGCCGGCGGGACCAACAGCUUCCUCAACAUGUUCCGCAGGAAGAAGCCCGCAUCUGGCAACCCCAAUUCUAACGGCAAGUCUGUGUCAUGGUCUGAAUCAGGUGCAAGACACCCUCCGAGCGGGGGCAAUGUGUGGCACAGACUGUCUGUGCAUGUGAGGAAACAGGAAGCCGGCCUGAAUCAGACGGCGGUCAUCAGGCCCCUAACUAACACGCCCGACCCCCACAGUUAUCAGCCCCCCGCCGCCACCGCUGCUGCCGCCGCCACCGCCGCCCGCGACCUUGGCACAGACCCCCGUCCGCCCCCGCGAGAGCCGCCGCCAUCCGCCCCACCCGGCGACGACAAGCGCCGCACGGGUCCCUCUCCGUGCGCGGGCCCCCUGGUGGAAACUCACCGCUCGCACGUCCCAGCCGCCCCUGCCGGCGAGCCGUCGAUCUUAACCGAGCUCUCUUUGGCGGCGCCCCUGGAGGUGGGGGCGCCGCCGGGUGACCUUUUGCACCACUACAUGUAUGAUGCCAAGGAGGAGGGGGCGGAGGGGCACAAGCUCGCCCUGGACGACACCUUGGCUCUGUCCCCGCCGUCCCCCUUCAGAGACUCUGUGUGUUCGGAGGAUUCCGCCCCGCCGUCCCCCUCAAUGGAGUCCAUGCUGGGGGGUUCCCACUACAACGUCCAAUCCCUCCGAGACUUUGCACACAGCUCCUCAACACUGUGAGAGCGGGGGGGGGGGGGGGGGUGCACAAGAUUUGAUGAGCUUUGAUUACUCCUACUUAUUUGUUUGAUGCCGCCAUUUUGCUUGCUUAUGUUUGUCGUUAGGUGUCCAUUUAAGGCACACACAGAAGAACAUGGCUGUGUUCAGAGUCACUCCACAUCCAAUUUCAAGUGCCCUAAAUCAGUGGUUCUCUUUUUCCUUUUCUUUGUUUUUUCAUUUGACUCCUAAAAAAUAAUAUUUCGGCUUCCCAAUUACCGCCAUGAUGGCCAACAUUUUUUAGGCUCCGCAGCAAGUAAUUGACACUCACGAAAAAAGAUCAUAACUGCCUAAAGAUUGCACAAGAUGGCAGGAAAGCAUUAUUUUUCUAUUAGACAGGGAUAUGGCCUACUAAAUAUAGCUCCUCCCCUCACUUUAUCUUGCUUCCCUUGCACCAAGAUGCCACAAGAUGGUGUGAAAGCUACAACAAAAAAAAAAAAAACACAGGGGCAGUUUAUUGCUAUAUAUUGAUUUGUUCAAUAUUUACUAUGUCCAGCUGAUGUUGCUAUAACUAUACAAAAUACUCUUUCAUUUAUUUCUUGAACCACUGUAUAAAAAAUGUCUUUAUAGGGAUCAGAGAGUCAUGAAUGAGUGAAGGAUUCCGAACACAAACCAUGUCUGAAGGGCUGUCAGAAAACAAGAACAUCAGUGCCAAAACUCUUCACCUUCUCAUGCCAAAUUCCCAUAUCGUACCGUGCAAAAGUAUUGGCGCCGCCUUUCAUUUCGCAAAUGGGAGGAACCACAUCUUGAUGAGUAUUUAGGAAAUGUCCAUUUUGUUUUCACUGAUUAUCCACCCCUCAGAAUCCAAAUGGAGCCGGCCAACUUUUAGUCAUCGUUCAUGAACCAGGAAGUAGCUAGCUAAUUGCUAAAUUGAAAUAUACAUGAUGCACAAAAAUUUUACUCUGAUUUUUGACAAGUUAUUAACAAAUAUUACUUUUAAUUUUUAAACCCCAAAAACAUGACAAAUUAUUGGGAGGAGAACCUUAUUUGUACAGAUGAUAUUACAAUAUUUAAGACUAUAGUUUUAUAUUAUCCUCUUAUUUUGUGUAAUAUCAUUGUCAUUAUUUACUUUUCAAUUUCCUGGAAAUAUUGUCAUGAUUACAUUGUUGAUCCCCCAUAACUACACUUUUUCCCCCCAAGGGGCGAAAAAAAAAAAAAAAAUCAAAAUGAAACAACAGCAGCCAAUUCUUAUUGAGAUCCUAAACUUCAGCUUUACAGAUGCCAGCCCUGCCUACACGGCAAUGUACAAGGAGGUGUUUAUUUGUAGUGUGGCAUUUAUUUAUCUACCAGAGUGGAGACGAAUAUUUGGUGAAAUGCAGUUUAUACUGAAUAAGUAAUAAGUCGUACUAGAAAGAUCGUUUUUCCAGUGGUUGCGUCAGACUUUUGCACGGUACUGUAAAUAAAGCAAACUAUUGCUAAAGAGAAAAAAAGUGAUAUACAGUACAUGAUAAGCUAAAAAAACAACAACAACAACAACAAAAAAAAAAACAGCACAAGACGGUUCAAAUGUGCACUUUUUUGCCUUUUUCAAUUCACCUUAGCUAUCACAUCCGACCUCAUUUAAAUAGACGAGAGAUGGUUUUGUUACUUUCUUAAAAGGGAUGCAGUAAGCUGCUUGUUUGUAUUUUUCCCCGUUUUUUCUUUCUUUCUGGGUCUUGACUGGCAACGCCACAACCACGAGCCUCGUUCUCCGCGCCGUCGGCGGACAUAAAACGUGCCAACGCGGGUUGUUCUUCUUGCAGUUACGGGAUGUAAUUUUGCUUUCGACACGUGGCUUUUUUUUUUUUUUUUUUAAAUUUUCCGCUGUUGUCGUACGAAGGCAAAAAUAUAUAUAUAUACAAUGUAAAAAAAAAAAUAGUACUCGUAUUUGUAAUAUUGUUACGCCAUCUCUUUUUUCACACAGGUGGUAUGUUUGUAAUACAGAUACAUGUUUCUAUAUUUAGAAUGUCCACAGUCUUUAAAAAAAAAAAAAAGGUUUAUACAAUUUGUUUUUGAACUUUUAAGCUACCAGUAACUUGUCAGUAAAAGUACCUGCAAUGACUAGUUGCUUCUUGUAACGACAUAUUUAAUUCCACUUGAGGUUUCUUCUACUUUUAUCAUAAGAAUGCGCGUUAAGUAUAAGACUAUACAGUACAUGGUGCCGGUGUAUUGUUUUAUUGAUUUUAUUUUAUUUUUUUCCCCCAAAUGUUUUCUAGUCUAUGAUAGUGAUGGUUUUUAAGUCUAAAAAGUAUAAACAGGGUAUAGAACCGUGUUGAACAACUCUAG